AUGGGUAUUGAUCACACUUCCAAACAACACAAGAGAUCUGGUCACAGAACCGCUCCAAAGUCCGACAAUGUCUACUUGAGCUUGUUGGUCAAGCUAUACUCUUUCCUAGCUCGUCGUACUGAUGCUCCAUUCAACAAGGUUGUCUUGAAGUCUUUGUUCUUAUCCAAGAUCAACAGACCACCAGUGUCUGUCUCUAGAAUUGCUAGAGCUUUGAAGCAAGAUGGUGCUGCUAACAAGACUGUUGUCGUCGUCGGUACCGUCACUGAUGACUCCAGAAUCUUUGAAUUCCCAAAGACUACCGUCGCUGCUUUGAGAUUCACUGCUGGUGCCAGAGCCAAGAUCAUCAAGGCUGGUGGUGAAGCCAUCACUUUGGAUCAAUUGGCUGUUAAGGCUCCAAAGGGUCAAAACACCUUGAUCUUGAGAGGUCCAAGAAACUCCAGAGAAGCCGUCAGACACUUUGGUAUGGGUCCUCACAAGGGUAAGGCCCCAAGAAUCCAAUCUACCGGUAGAAAGUUCGAAAGAGCUAGAGGUAGACGUAGAUCUAAGGGUUUCAAGGUGUAA